AUGGCUGGAGGAGCUGGUCCUUCCCAUGUAAGUGUGGACAGUAUUGAAGAAAAUGAAAGUUCUGAUGAUAUAUUAGAGUGGGAAGCACCAGAGAAAGAACACAGCGACCAGUUUCUAAAAGUACCUUCUAGGCUUGAUGAAGAAGAAAAUCCUGAGAUAACAAGCCAGGAGAGUUGUCCUGAAAAGGAUCCUUCAGGGUCACCGGAGCAACCGGUGGAGAGAGAGAUUCCUACCGACACUGAGGCUACAGAUUGUCUGAAUUUCCGAUCCAUUGGCAAAUGGUUCAGGAAGUAUUUUUUUCCCUGUGUUCGGGGAAGAGGGAACACUGAGAGGCCUGGAGAGCAGGCACCCAAGAAGAGAUACUUCCGUAGAAACAAGAAAAUUCACCCUGAAGAAUCCCUCAGUUAAGACA